CCUGCGGUCCGUCGGUCAGUCAGUCAGGCAGCUGCUGUUCUUCACAAAUACACACAAGAGACACACAGGUCUGAAUGGUGAAAGGAAGACAAGCGGCUACAGAAUCGCCUUUUACAGCGGAAUGUUCACUCGAAGGGGUUAUGGAGACGUCAAGAAAUCUACACAGAAAGUUCUGGACCCAAAGAAGGAUGUUUUCACGCGUCUGAAGCAUCUGCGCGCGCUGUUAGAUAUUACUGACAAGAAUGAACUGAAGGCAUUUUUUGAAACCAACUGCUCACAGAUUUAUUUUAUCUUCUAUGAAAAUUUCAUUACACUGGAAAGUAACUUAAAGCAAAAAGGGAACAAAUCUCAACGGGAGGAGCUGGACUCCAUCCUGUUUAUUUUUGAAAAAAUUCUGCAACUUCUACCUGAGAAAAUCAACAGUCGAUGGCAGUUUCACAGUAUAGGUUCUAUUCUCAAAAAACUUUUGCACACUGGAAACUCGUUCAAGAUCCGCUGUGAGGGCAUGCGUCUGUUCCUGCUCUGGCUGCAGGCUCUGCAGAGUAACUGUGCCGAAGAGCAGCUUCUCAUCUUCGCCUGUCUGAUCCCAGGAUUCCCUGCUGUACCCUCAUCCAGAGGACCCUGCACACUGGACACCAUCAUAUACAACCCCUUUUCCAACCCGCCUGACGCCAAGAUUGUGCCAGAGGAGAUCAGCCCACUGGUGCCUGCGGUUCCCGGAGAGAAGGUGGCAGAAGACCACACCUGCUCUGUCCUCCAGAUUGUGCUUAAGGUCAUGGUUCUCCAGGCCUGGUUUCACAGACAGGCCUUAGCUUAAGCCAUGACUGACACAGGCUUCAGAUUUCUCUUUUCCCUGUUCAAGAAGUACUACCUGCCUCAACUCUUCCCCACUUUCACAAAACAAACCAACCUCUACAAGCCACAAUUAGAUCUUCCCGUUCACAGACCAAAGCCCCUCUACGUCCCUGUGACGCGUAACAGUGAGAGCACAUACUGCACUAGGGAUCAGUACCUGGCUCCCCGCGUGGCCUUCAUCACGUGGCUCGUUAACUUCUUCCUGGAGAAGAAGUAUGUGAACUCGGCCACGAGCAGCUCUAAGAACGGAGGAGAGGUCCUUCCUAAGAUCAUCCAGACUGUGACUGCGGGCGGGAUCAGUCAGGAGAAGAGCACAGACUCUGAGCCCAACGGUCCUGUGGAACAGGAGAAGAAUCACUCCAACAGCAGCACGCUGUCAGAUCGCAGGGGCAGCAACUCCAGUCUGUGUAGCAUCGAGGAGGAGCAUCGCACCGUCUACGACAUGGUGCAGUCCAUCCUGCUCUCCACACGAGACAACGUCAAUUUCGUCAAUGAGGUCUUCCAUCAGGCUUUCCUUCUGCCGGCCUGUGAAGCUUCAGUCACUCGCAAGGUGAUCAAAGUAUAUAGGAAGUGGAUUCUGCAGGAAAAACCUAAUUUCAUGGCUGAGCCUGAGACAACAAGCCAGGAGGAAGAUGGAGAGGAAGAGCACCUCAUCUCUGAGACGGACACUGCACACGUGCAGGUCUUGGAGACUCAUGGACACAAACGAUCGUCCAGUUGGGGGCGCACUUACUCCUUCAGCAGUGCCAUCAGCAGAGGCUGUAUGACUGAAGAACAGAAUCAGGACAUGAAGGCUGGCAUCCAGCCCACCCUGCAGGUAUAUACAGUGGGAGUGAUGCAGGACUCCCAGAAGUCUACAGAUGCAGCACGGUCGUUCUCCUUGAGCUGGAGGAGCUCUGGAGAUCAGGUGGGCACUCAGGAACCCAUGAGGUUCCGCAGUGCCACCACCACUGGAGCUCCCGCUGUGGAGAAAGCUCGCAACAACGUCAGGCAGAAAGCUUCAGCAAAGCGAAGUCAAUCUAUCAGCAACUGUGUGCAUCUUUGUGAGGCUUUGCCGGCCACUAAGAGUGUGCCCAUGCUGCUCCACACUGUCAGCUCUUUCUUACCCGGUAUCUCUCACAACUCUCACUGCUCUCACAGACUCUCAGACGUGGAGGAGUGUCAGCUGUCUGAAUAUGAGAUGGGGGAUGGAGACAGUCCUCUGCCCCGCAGCAGUAGCACCUCUGACAUCACACAGCAGAUCAAUGACACCUUCCCAGGUCAGAAGAGAGAUGAGUCUGUGUCAGAGAGCAGCUCUACAGGGAAAAGAGAGGGCGACGCUCCCACGAUUCUGAUCCGGCAGAGCAGCAGUCCAGCAGAUCUGGAUUAUCCAGCAGACGGAGCUCCAGCAUUUCUGAAGAUUAAACUACGGGAGAAAAGUGAGAGUGUGAGCAGUGAGACGUCUAAUGGUUAUCUGAACGAUGCUGAGGUGGGUCUGCUGGCGUGGCACGCGGUCGAGGAGGAGCCGGACUCUCCCUCUACACAUGACAUGAGCAUGAGUGUUACUGUGGACACAGUGAGCCAGAGGAGCCUCCUGCUCAGCCACACUGAAGCACUGGCAGGGUCAGAUUGUGCCGCUCCUCCUCACUGUCCUCCAGUGUCUCCGGCUCUCCUCGUGCCUCAUGGCUGCUGUGAGGGCCCUCAUCUCCUGGAGGAUGCCAUGAAUGUGCCUCACCAUCUGGACAGCAGUGAGUUUCUGGCUGAUGACGUCAGCAUCAUCGCCGGCGGCAGUUUGACCGGUUGGCACGCCGACUCGGCCUUCGUUCUCUGGAGGAGGAUCUUGGGGAUUCUAGGUGAUGUGAACAGCAUCCGCUGUGCCCGCAUCCACGCCAAGGUCUUCAGUUACCUCUACGAGCUCUGGCACAAGCUGGCUAAGAUCAGAGAUAAUCUUGGGAUCAGAGUGGAGACAGACACAGCCGUGGCCAGACCCUUGUUCAUCCCUCCUCUGCGCAUGCUGGCCUCCUGGCUCUUCAAGGCUACCAUGCUGCCGUCAGAGUUCAAGGCUGGGAAGCUCCAGGCAUAUAAGCUGAUCUGUGAGAUGAUGACCAAACAUCAGGACGUGCUGCCCAACAGUGACUUCCUGGUGCACCUCUACCACGUCAUGCACAAAGGCUUCACCAGCGAUGAUCAGGAUGUGUUGAACACGAUGAUUAGGUGGUGCUCACCACGCUUCUUCUUCCUGGGUCUGCCGGGCUUCACCAUGCUGGUGGGAGACUUCAUCACCGCGGCUGCUCGUGUCCUCAACACUGACUCCUUUGAGGCUCCGCGGAUCGAGGCUCAGACAGUUCUUGGUUCGCUGGUGUGCUUCCCUAACCUGUAUCAACAGAUCCCCUCUUUGCAGUCUGUUCCUGGAUCUGAGGAUAUCGUAGUUGGCACAGAAGACAUGAAGGACUACCUUGUGAACAUCCUUUUGAAGACCGCGCGCAAUGAGACAUGUGAAGGAGCCAGGUGUGUAGCAGUCUGCAGUCUGGGGCUGUGGGUGUGUGAGGAGCUGAGACAGACAGAAACUCACCAUCAGGUCAAAGAUGCCAUUAACGUCCUGGGUGUCACGCUGAAGUUUGGAAAUAAGGUGGUGGCCAAUGUGGCCUGUGACAUCUUUCAGCUACUGAUUUCUCACUGGCAGCACUUACAGAGACUGGAUCCGUCCCUUCCCCAAAGAAUUAUAGAGAUUUUUGUAGCAACCAUAGCCUUUCUUCUGCCCAGUGCUGAACACUCAACAGUUGAGGCAGAUAAAAAGUUAAUGGUGUCUCUACUGCUGUGCCUGCUGGAUUGGUGCAUGGCCGUACCUCUCUCCAUCCUGCUGGAGCCCAUCACUAUGCCUGUGCUGGACGACCCCGCAUCGCAGAAAGCCCCUCUACUCGACUACAUUUACAGGGUGCUGCACACUUGUGUAUCAGGGUCUAACCUGCACACUCAACAGAGCCACUACCUCCUCAGCCUUGCUGAUCUGUCGACAGACUAUGAACCCUUCCUUACUUUAGGCAAUGUCAAGAGCUUUGAACCACCACCCAUCCACAAUGUUAUGGGAGACUUUGGAAAUCUCCUCACAGUGGCUGAAGAAAAGAAAAGGAGAAGCCUAGAGCUGAUUCCUCUGACCGCUCGGAUGGUAAUGACACACCUGGUCAAUCAUUUGGGCCACCAUCCUCUCAGCGGCGGCCCCGCUCUCUUAAACAGCCUGGUCAGUGAGAACCACGACAACCCCUACGUAGAGUCCUCCGAGCUCUCCUCUGAAGUCUUCAAAAGCCCCAAUCUGCAGCUCUUCGUCUUCAGUGACAGCACACUAGUUUCAUACCUGCAGAUCCCCUCUGACAGUUCCAGCACGGCCAACCCGAGGGAUCAUUCUUCUGCGGUCCGCGUCAUCAUCAGGGACAUCUCGGGAAAGUACUCGUGGGACGGCGGUGUUCUGUUCCGCACUUUGGACGGAACUGGCUUGAGUUUGGGUGGCAGCAGAGAUCAGUCGUCUCACGACGGCGCUCGCUCUGAAAAGCAGGGCUCUGUGCGCUCCAGUAAAUGCUCCUCUGAGCUGGAAGUGGAAGAUGGCGUGGAUGUGUUGGACCAGCUACUGGAAGACCUUGGCCACAGCAGCCCAGAGUGCCUGCCACAGCCCCAGCUGAGGCUCACCCAGCCGCCCUCUCCACCCAUCGGCAUGAACCCUGAGAUGGAAGGGCUCAUCAUGGAUGCCAUCCACAGACAGGCCAAGCAGGAGGACGAGGAGCUGGCCCGGCGACAGACCGAAGACCCCAGCAUCAGAGCAGAGAGACAGAGAGAGCCCACGCACCACGAGCCUAAAUCUGCUUUUUACCUCUGCAGACUUCUCCUCAACGACCUCGGCAUGAACUCAUGGGAUCGCAGAAAAAGCUUUCAUCUUCUAAAGAAGAACUCUAAGCUCUUGAGAGAGCUGAAGAAUUUAGACUCGAGGCAGUGUCGAGAGACGCACAAGAUUGCCGUGUUCUACAUUGGAGAAGGCCAGGAGGACAAAUACUCCAUUCUGUCCAACGCAGAGGGCAGUCAGGCCUAUGAGGACUUUGUCUCUGGGCUGGGAUGGGAGGUGAAUCUGGCCACUCACUGUGGGUUUAUGGGUGGUUUGCAGAGAAACGGCAGCACAGGUAGCACAGCACCAUAUUACGCUACCUCCAACGUGGAGGUCAUCUUCCAUGUGUCGACUCGCAUGCCUUCUGACUCAGACGACUCCAUCACCAAAAAGCUUCGUCACUUGGGAAACGAUGAAGUGCACAUCGUGUGGUCGGAGCACACGCGGGAUUACAGACGAGGAAUCAUUCCCACCGACUUCGGAGAUGUCCUCAUCAUCAUCUACCCCAUGAAAAACCACAUGUUCUUUGUUCAGAUCAUGAAAAAACCCCAGUCUGUCGCUCAGAACAAUGACCUUGCCUCGCAUUAUGAGGAGAGGGCUCUCUACCUGGAGGCCAUCAUUCAGAACCACAAGGAGAACAUGACCUUUGAGGACUUUGCUGCCCAGGUCUUCUCGCCUUCCCCCAGCUACUGGCCAACGGGAGGUGCAGGUUCCCUCAGCUGCAGCACGAGCACUGACCUCAGUGUUACUGUGACGACCAUCGACUCCGGCGACCAGGUCUCGCCCACUAUACCGCGCGCCUCUAAGAACCGGGUUUCCGGAAAGCUCCGCCGCUCGGCCAGCGCCAUCAGCAAGUCCUCUAACUGAACACUUCCACCGGCCGUCAGACUGCAUUGUGAAUGAAUGUAUCAUUUGACUCUAAUGCUUUCCACCUGUUGUUUUUUUUCCUUUCUGAA